AUGCAGGGACUUGGGAAGACAGAGAGAGGGGAUCAGGGGCGAGACAUCGACCUGACAUCGCUGAGAUCCACCAUGCCAGCCAGCGGCCCUUUGCAGGUUAGUGCAACUCCAAAAAAGGGGGGGGAAAUUGCACGAAACAGCAGGAAACCGGACCAGAGUCUUUGACAUAGAGAGAGAGACUCAAGGAAAGAAAACUGCAUUGUUCUGUCUGUUUAACCUCUUCUACUCUUUUCUCCUCCUUUCCUUUUACUGUUUCAUCACUUUUUCUGGUUUAUCUGUGGCCCUGAAUUUGCCACAGAGCUGUGGUAUGUCUCGCUUACAUGAGGUCCCAGGAUCAGAGGGCUUCUGUUUGGCUGGUCUUUGAGUCGGUACUCUAUUCCGAGACUAAGUUACGAUUGCAACAUCCAUCAAAUAUCAAUUAGGGUCUGGGUGCAAAGGCUAAUAAAGUCUCCUAAUGGAGUAACAGGUCAACAGAACAGGUACUCACUAAUGCCAAGAAAGAGGGGUCAAGGUAGGGUUAGGGACCUUAGAUUAGUAUUUUAAGAAGCUUUUUUUCCUGGUUUUGAUCAGAUAUUUCUCUUCAUAACUGGGUUUCAUUCUUCUAUCUCAUCAUUCAUAACACUCCUCUUUACCAACACCACAGACCUCCUUCAACAAGAACACAGACCGCACACACGGUCUCUGGUGUCUGUUAGGAUUCUCCCCCUGUAUCAGUGUCAGGGCCAGCAGUGUCCCUGCCCGUCAAACCAGGAGGACUAUCAGUUACCAGUAUAUUUAGCUACACAGUCUCCAGUGAAUAAAGUGCCCAAAAUGCACAACUGUGACUGAAAGAUGUGAGAGCGUGGGUGUUUUUGUGGCGUGUGGUUGAAAUACUAACUACACUUUCUUCAGUGGAGUUCCCAUUUAAAUUUAUCUGUUUGAUGAGAUUUAGAUGAGUGUCCUAAAUCUUCAUUGUGGGAUUAUGAGACACUUUUUGAGACUGUUCAGUCAUAUGUGAAAUUAGAUUAAAUUACUGUAAAUUGAAGUAAAUCAAAUCUUUGAGUCAUUUUCAGGAUUUUUUCACAGACUGUAAGAAGUGGACUUGACAUAACAGAUUACUCUUUUCAGCUUCAAGUUCAACAUCACUGCCUCGCCAUCUUGGUUGUCUGAACUUUUUUCAUUUAGAUCCUUAAUUUACAAUCUGCAGGACAUAGCUUAUACUUCAAAAUAAAAGUCUCCCCAUGCAGAAAAACAUCAAAAUAGAAGCAUGACAAACAAUCAUUUAUAUGACAAUGUCCUUUCCAAAUCCAUUUACAGACUGUGAUGUUUCAUUGUCAGAAAUGUCAGAAUAACAUCAUAACUGCAAUAUGUUAUGGCCAUGAUAACCCUGAGGUAAUGGAGUUUAUCAGUCAGUUAAAUGUAGCUAUGACCCAAAGCACAUAUUACACUGUCAACUAUUUUAAUCUGAAUGGGAUCAUAAUUUACAAAGGUGUUAAAGCUACUGUAAGGUGGUCUUUUGGUGGUAAUGAAAUAGACCAAAAUGGAUGCUAAUGCUUCUGUAUAACUCAAAAAAGCAACAAAAAUAUGUGGCAACAAGAUUUAAUCUUUCAAAAACCUGAUUGAGGCCUGAAACACCUGUAACUGCUGCCAGGAGGUAGGUAUCACAGACAGAAGCACCAAGAAACAGUCUUUGUUUGCAUUUUACAAGGCAACAUUUGACCAUAAAUAUGCAAGAGACUUUUGACAGAAAAAAAAACGUCUUUAGGACAUAAUCAGCAAAGAUAUUACCUUGUCUACAGGGGGCACCAAAACUGCAUAAUCUAAAAGUUUCUCACAGGAGCUUUAAGAGGACUUAAAUCUUAAAUCUGAGGUGAUUAAAUAACUGGUGACCGUUUACUGACAUACCACAUAAACUGAGGACUUCCUUCAUUUUCUCACAAAAAGACCAAAAACUUUUUGAGAAACAUUUAUUGCAACAAUUGCAGCAGCAAUAACAUUUUUAUUUAUAAGGCACAUUUCAUUACGGGUAAGCUCAGUGUGCUUUAGAUUGAGAAUAAAAACAAGACGAAAAAUAUACAGUUAAAAUUUAUAAACCAUACAUCCACCAAACACAUUGCAGAAAAUAAAUCCAAAAAGCUAGAAAAGGAAUGUUGCACCAAGUGGAAAUAUAUAUGAACUUAAAAGGAGUGGGCCGAGGACUAAUCCUUGUGGAACGCCAUUGGUAACUUGAGAUUUAAAGAGGCUCAGAUUCAGAUUUGGUGUUGCCUGAGGGGGUAAAUAACUGGCUUACUCCAUCCAAGAUUGUUGUUUUCUGACAGUAUAUGUCAUAUUUACUGUAUGUUGAAAGAUAACUGUUGAAUCGAUCUUAAAGAAUAGCAAAAAUAAAUCAAACUAACUUGUGUCGCCAUCUCUGUCGCCUGCCUCUCCUUUUUGUUCAUCUUGGGUCCAACAUAAGUGUCCUUGUUUCCAUAGGUUUGGGUCACACACAGGAGUGAGGCUUACAUUUAAAGAUUUUGUAGGGGGCGCUAUGGAGCCAUUUUUAGUUGGAUCUCCAAUUUGACAUUGGAGACCUUUUUUCAUCUUGGGGUCCAACAUCAAAAAGAGAUAAAAUGACAAGAAGCUCUUUUCUCUCAUUGGUUUUUAUACAAUCAAUCUGUUUUUAGCAAUCAGUGCAGUCAGCCCCUGCAGUGUCUUGUACAUUUUUAUAGGAUCAGAAAUAACUUCUUUUUUUUCCAGCUUUUGAGCCACCUCUUUAUUUAAAACUUAUGAAUGCAGGUUUUGUUCAAGUUUACUGAAGUUGGUUUACACCGUGUACUAAACACACACACGCCAAUAUAUGUUUUUAUUGGCUGCUGGCAGGGCUAGAGGUCUACAGUAGCACCCUUAAUCACAGAUAAACUGAGAAUGUAUAUAGCAACACUUGGCGACCAUCAGCUGCUGCAGUUACUUAUAUCAUGUAGCUUUAAAUCCAAAUGUUUACAGUCACAGAUGCCAAGACCUAACCACAACUAUUCACGUCAACCCUGGUGGUUUCAUCAUAUGCCGACAGAAGUGAGGAGAGAAAUGAGGAAGGAGGAAAUGAGUGUACAUACAGUGUGCAUGUGUGUCUGUCAGAAAUCACUCCCUCAGCAUGAUACAUAUCCUGUAUGUCAGUACCAGCUCACGUUAGUAUGUGCAUACGAUGGUGGAUACUAUUACGUUUCAUUAUGCAUCUCAAAUAUCUUUGGCAUGUUGUUUUAACACACAAAUGAAUAACUAUUGCUCCUGUAAUUAGAGUUGAAGGUGCAGUGGGUCUUGCAGUAUAAUGAAGGGCUAUGUAAUAGAUAUACAUCUGAGGAAUGCCAGUUAUGUUUGAUAUGGUUAUCCAUGAUCAGUAAUGCAUAACCUUUGUUGAUAGAAAUGGGUCAUAUCCUUAUAUGAAAGACCUAUGGGGGAAUGCAGCAAGUCUUUGAGCUCUUUUGGACCAUAUCUGUUUCUUUUUUUCAUAGCAGGAACAAUCAGACUGUCAACAAGAAUACAUGCACAAAACUCCUAAAACCUUACCAAAACUUUCCGGAUUAGCAUCGUCACACAGGGGGAAUUUCUAACCCACAGUGGUUUUCCUGCUAGCUUCCUAUAAUAUUUCUGCAUUUAGUUGAGGCAUGCUGACAUGAGGGCACAGCAGGAAAACAUACUGCAAGCAUGCACAUGCAGUUAAUCAUGUUGAUAUCCACACUGUGUAAUGCCAGUUGCUUUGUUGGCAUCAGGUUAGGUCAAAUUACACUUUAGCAUUCUUUUGCACAUGUUUGAUAUCAUGUCUUGACUUCUAGGACUGGCACCCCAUCAUCGAACAAGGGUGAGGUCACAUUGUGUGCAACAUGUAUGAAGAAGCAAGCUUAGCAGCAAAGCACCUGAACUUGUCUUGUAAAAAACUUCCUCAGCAGUUGUCUGGCUUUUUUGUGUUUGGAAAUGGAAAUUUUGAUAUCAAACUUUAAGCAUUCAAAAAUAUGAAACAGAAGUCCAGAAGAGGUGACAUUAUGCUGAUAUUGUUUAAAGAAGUGUAAAAUGAAUGUUCAGUGACAACCAUGACUGAAUAUUUUGUAAAAGACAUUUGCUUCAAUAACAGAAAAAAGCUGCAGGAAAUCCUGACAUUUCAUGGCAAACAAGUCUGAGCUACUCAACAACCCAUUUAAACUCUUUAUGAAGUUUGGGCCAUGAGUCAUUUGUAAAUUUUGAGUGUGUUUGAAGCUUUUUUCAAAAAGAUAUUAAAGAUAUUAGUUCAACUUGGGUCAUAUUACCUCCAAAAAACAGCUUUUUGUCCUUAAGUCCUGACCUGAAUCCACCUUGGCCUCAUCAUUAUCCCAGUCAGACUGCUCAGAUGCUGCUAACCAUCUUAAGUGUCAUGUGUCAAACUGGCCUGUGCUGGUUCUGGUCCAGACACCCUGAGUACAUUUAAUAUAAAUCAAAAAAUGAUUCAGGAAAUGACUCAGGAAAGUAUGUUUUAUGAAACUGCUAAAAUGCACUUGAGCUGGAUCUUUAAAUUCAGUCUGAUACUUAUGGAUUUGCACUUUAUGGGUUUUAACUUCAAAUGUGUUCCUUCAUUUCUGCAUUCGUGUCAUCCUCUCAACAUCUGGACCUAAUGCUCUCUUAUUAGUUUCAAAUGGAGUCCAGAAGAGAGCGUGUCAAUUGCUAUGAUUGGAUUUAUGAUGUUUUCACGCAGCAUCUGUUUGGAGCUGCCAUGAUGAAUCUAUUUCUAUGGUGUGAAGUCUUUACACCUCUAAGUCACUCUCUAAGUUUGGAGCACGACAGCGGGGCGUGAAGCGCUGUCACAGGACUCAGAGGAGUCACACACACUUUCUAAGCAUGGACGUCAUAUUUCAAAGACGGCGUGGUCGCUCUCUGAGGAAAAGGGGCGAGUCUUUUCGAUGAUUAGUGUCCUUUAUUUAUCAGUAAAAUGAAACAGCUUCUAAGAAGAUGCUAAAUCCUGCAUUAGUAAGCUUUAAAGAAGAGAUUAUUUUGGUGUUGGUCAGUUGAGUAAAUUACACAUCCAGCCAGUAGAACCAAAGCCAUGGUUCUGAUGGAAAACUUAGCUUCGAUGAACUUUUGAACAAAACUGAGCUUUUCUAGAUUCAGAUCAAGUCCUCUCCAACAGUGUUGUUUUCGUCAACGCUCCUUUUUUUUUUCACGACGAAGACGUGACAUUGACGAGCUAAACAUUAGUCUUAGAUGACUAAAAUGUGACGAGACGAAUGUGCGUUAACGUUGACGAAAUGAGACUAGAUGAAACCGUUAGUGGUUGACGACGAACAGAGUUGCAAAAUUCAUGAGCAUUUUGUCAGUCAAACGCUAAACAUAUAUUCUGCAGUGUUGUUUUCGUUGACGAUGACAUUGACCAAAUAUUUUCAUCAAUGUCAUCGUCAACGAAAACAACACUGCUCCAAGAUCCUGUUUUGGCAGAUUUCUGUUUGACCCAAGGCCACUUACUGUUCAACUGUUAAACUAAGUGAAGGCAGGUUUAAGACCAGUAUAAAUCAUAUAAGAAGCCAUAUGAACCUGAUUUUGGAGGUACCUAGCCUUGCUGCUUCUGCUAUCUGCUAUCUUAUUGGUUAAAGCACAGUGAUUUUUAACCAAAACAAAAACAGUUUGUCUUAACUAUUUUGGAUAAUUGUGGUUGAUUUUACUCACAUUUUAGUCUUUCUGUCUUGUUUUAUCACAGCCGUGAUAACGUUUUUUGGUCAAAACUUGCUCAAACUGUUUUAUGAUAGUUGUCAAAAAUGUUUAUAGUGAUUGUGAAAAUUUCACUGUAAAGAGAGAAUAUUUUUAGUAUGUUGUGUGUGUAACGUAUACUUCCUCAUGUUAUAGAAAAACUUGAAGGCAGUGCUUUCUUUCAAAGACUGUAAAUAGACUUCUUACAGGUGAGAAAUCUUCCAAUGACAGAGUUGUCACCACAGUUUUUGGUUUCUGUUACCAUACCAUUUAUGUUAGAAUAAAUGGGUCUUUGAAUGCUUAUCAUUAUUUUCAAAGAUUCAUCAAGGUGGUGGAAAUCGUCCUCAGAGAUUUUUGCCCAUGUUAACAUAAGAGCAUUAAACAAGUCCUGCAGAUUUGUCAGCUGUACGCACACUACAUCCAAAAGAUGCUCUGUUGGAUUGAAGUCUGUGACUAUGGAGUCCAGUGAAGUACAGUGAACUCAUUGUCAUGUUGAGAUGAUUUGAACUUUGUGACAUGGUGGGAGUAACCUUUAGAAGAUGGGUACUAUGUGGUCAUAAAGGGAUGGACAUGGUCAGCAAAAACACCCAGGUAGGCUGGAACGUUUAAAUGAUAUUAACUUGGUACUUUAGGGACCCCAAGUGUCCCCCACACCAUUACACCACCAGCAGCAGCCUGAACCGCUGAUACAAGGCAGGAUGGAUCAAUGCUCUCAUGUCAGUUAUACCAAAUUCUGGCCCCACCACCUGAUUAUUGCAACACAAAUUAAGACUCAACAUACUGGGACAUGUUUUUCCAAUCUAUUAAUGUCCAAUAUUGGUUAACCAAUUUUGGUUAAUCUCUAUGUAGUGUAGCCUCAGUUUCCUGAUUUUAGCUGAUACCCAAUGAGGCUUUUGCAGCCAAUCAAGGGUCAAUGUGCUGUAUGUUCAGAGAUACUCCUCUGCAUAUCCUGUAUGUAAGUAGGGGUUAUUUAAGUCACUCUUCCCUUUUUAUCUGCUUGAAUCAGUCCGGAUUUUCUCUCCUGACCUCUGCCAUCAGUAAGGCAUUUCCUCCCAGAGAACUUUUUUUUUGGACUCAUUGUCUAUAAACCCUAGAGACAAAUGUGUGUGAAAAUCCCAGUAGAUCAGCAGUUUUUGACAUACUCAGACCAGACCAUCUGGCACCCACAACCAUGCCAUGUUCAAAGUCACUUAAAUCCCCCCGUUCUGAUGCUGGGAUUGAACUUCAGCUGGUCAUCUUGAUCAUGUCCAUGCGCCCUAAAUGCUUUUAGUUGCUGUCAUGUGAUUGGCUGAAAGAUACUUCUUAGUCAAACAGGUGUACUGCAUGCAUUACUUAAAACACUGAGAACGUACAUGUUGUUGAUUGAUGAACCCUCGUUCAAAACCAACUGCCUCCAGUGGAUUGUAAGCUUGCCCUGAUGUGCCAAAGUGACACUUGACCUUAGCAGUUCAAAAACGAAACACCAGUUCAUGAAUCAGUGAUGUGGCGUGAGGCAAAAUUUGAAAAUUGAAAUCACAGCGACCCUCCAAGCAUGACAGUUAUAUUUCAAAGAAGUGCAAAGUUGUUUACUGCGUGUGAACAAGCCUGAACCGGCCAUCAAGCGUCUUUGGAAGACGCAUAGAGGGCAGGGUCACUUUAGGGCCAGUCUGACAUGUCCCUCACGCCUAUAGAAAUAAUAGUUGUAUUAAUAGAUGAUGAAAGCAGUGGGGUCUACUUGUAAAUUGUUCUGUCAUGUGUUUUUAUUUCUGUUUUUUCCUAAAGAGAUAACCACAGUGCUUCAUCUGUUUUUGUGUUUAGUCCUUUAUGACCCUCAAUGACCACCGUCCCUCUCAUCUCCUUCCCACUUGUCUCACCUCCCAGAAUACACCACUGCCUCUCUUUGACGUUAUGUGUGUAUUUGUGUGUGUUUGUAACCUCCUCUUGGCCCCCACAUGGCAAAUGCCACAUUCUGAGAGUAGGUGUGAAGUACGAGAAAGUGUGUGUCUCUGUGUGUGUGUGUGUGUGUGUGUGUUUAAAAUUGUGUUUCUGAGAACUUUCAUUGGAGCUCCAACUAAACCUCAUCUUUAAAUGGCUGCUGUGUUGUGUAAUACAUGUAAUGUCAUAUUUGUUUUGCAUAUUAACACCAUGGUACUUAGUAUAGCCCUUUUAACCAGAUACGAAAGUCAUACAUAUGUCUUUAAGCUGAAUUCCCUCUGUUGCCAUGGUGAUGGAUCUGUUGACAGUCAAACUCAAUUGGUAACCUGAUGUCGUACUGCCCCUGGGACUUGAUGUGCCUGUUGUCUUGUAGUCUGACAGAGUAUUAACAACUCACAUUACAUUUGCUAGCUUCCGCUCGAGCUUUCCACCAUGUGAAGACACAGUGUAGAAGUGUUGGAAUAACCAGAAAAUGCCAAAGAGUGGUUUAAAAGAUAAAAUAUAUGGAUAAGAAAUGAAGACCAAGCUCAAAAUUGCUUACAAUUCAUCUAUGCAUUUGGUUUGAUUUUUAUUAUGUUGAUGUCUGUAUAUGCCACAAAAACAGGAGUGUGUCCUGGCAUUUUCAAGUGGGGGGACCUAUCUGAAGCACUGACAUAGACAGGGGUGGCCACUAACAUUCAGUACUUAAACACAUAGACAUGCUGUAAUAAUAGCAUUUACACUCUCUGUCUUCUCAAUCUACUUUAACAAUUACCAUAAAAGUAUAGCAGAGCUUUUCUUAGUUCCAAACUUAUGAGAGAGGGAGCUUUACAGAGGGGCCUGAUCUUUUAGGGACUUGGACACUGUUGACUUUUGAUUUUUCAAAAAGUCUUGCUUCCAACAAGGCAAAUAGCCAAUCAUAGUUUAGGAUUUCAGGCUGGCACCUGGGGUGGCCAAUCGGUUUUUGAGGGGAGAGGGGCGGUGCCACCUCAAAACACUUCCGUGAGUACGACCCUGCACAAAAAUGCAAACCGUCUUACAGUAACAGCAGAAGACUGGUGUGCUGAUUUUAUCCUUAUACAGGCUUCAUAUUAGUGUCAGAGUCGUGUUAGUUUGGCAGAAUUAUUUGUGUUUGGGAGCUUAGCAAUAAGAGAGUCAUUGCCAGUCUGCCUGCAAAACAUUUUGUAAACUAUUGGCAGAGGUUGAAGCGGUUCCCUCAAGAAUAGAUAAUUGAUGCAGAGGAUCAAUCAAUAUGGAAGACAUAAGUACUCUCAGAUUUAUCCUGCCAAUCAGGGCUUCUAACCUUUAACCUCUGUUCUUAAGUGCUUCUCCAUCAUUGGGGCCAAGUGUGAACAGCCCCUGUGUGAGACCAAGUGUGGGUGUUUUCACAUCUAAUAAUUUUUUGGAAAAUUAACUUUGACUUUAAUGCUUGAAAUCUAAUCUGUUGUUUCAGCCUUUUAACAUCUCCUGGCAAACAAUGAAAGGCUUAACUUUUUCCACAAUCUGCAAAUAGGUGGGGCUGAACACCCAAUAUAACACGCCCAAUGACAGACUUUGACUCCUGCUGGCUAUCCUCUUAAAUCAUGUUUGUUUUUACUCCUGCGGUCUUCUGCAGAAUUAGAAACAUAUGAAUCUGUUAACAUCUGUAUUUUAUAAUCAGCGACUUAACAAACGUAAUAGCCUCAGAACAUGACGAAUCUGCCAAGUACAAGGAAUUCAGAUGUGUUCCUGGGACACUGUCAGUUGUUCAUCGCUUAAAACUAGGGAUGCAGGAUAUGGAUGUUCUUGAGCCAAUGUCAAUAACUGAUGAUAACCUGCUCUCAUUUUUUAAAAAUUGUUGUGUCAUCAAAUUUGCAGUUCAUGCACAUUGUGGUAUGGGAAAGGCUAAAAGAAUAUAUUUAGAUAUCAACUAUUAAUAAAUUGAUUUGUAGAGUUUUAAAACUUACCCUGCUAUACUGGUAUAUAUAACUGCAAAUCAUCAGCAUAGCAAGAAAAUCAAACCACAACAAAUUGCAAUAUUCAACACAGUGGUGCAGGUACAGUGAAAACAACAGCAGAUCAAAGACAGACCCCUGUGGGAUCCCAUGCCUAACGGCACAAGGCUCUGAGGAAGAACCAGCUGCAGCUGAAGACACUGCUCUAAAUUUUCCAUUGGCUAGUGAAACUCUUUAUCCUCUACCAAGGAAAAAGUUUGCUCAUUGAUUGCCAUACAUUUGGAAAUUUUCUCAUGACCUGCUUCAGCUUUGGUUGUCUCUGAAAAUCUCUCUGCAGUUCUGAACCCGCACUACGUUUUAGCACUAAUGCUAUCUUUAGCUACUGCUGCUCUGUAUUUCUUCAGUACAUUAUGUUGCAAUGACAGCUUGUCUAGUGAUGAAUUAGAAUCAUUAGAUGAAUAGAUGAAACAGAAAGAUGAAUUCAUUGUGUUAAAACUGAAGACCAUUUCCUGCUUUCCUAUAAGUUCUGUAGCAGUCAGGGAGUGUUCAUUUUUUGGUGUUAGGCAAUUGUGCAUGUGCAGUUGUCAUGCCCUUUGGUAAAGCUUAAGUGUCUCCAAAAAAUAGUGAAAACAAAAUUACCGGCCAGGAUACAUGACUGUCAUUUGGCAGUUGUUUUGGAUGAUGGACUGCUCUGUUUGAAAUGUGUCUGGGAUGCAUUUGUCGAACACAGCGUGAUAAAAAUGUGGGGCGAGAGAUUUUUUUUUUAGACCACAUUAUGAGGACUUGACUUUAUGGAGGCACUCUAAAUCACAAAAGUUUUCAGUGAUUUAUUUGGCUACGCUGCAAGUUUGUUUGAAAGAGCUCAUAUUAUAAUUUGAAUCCAGCACACAUAGUUUGCUUAUUCUGCCCUGAUUCGUUUUUCUUUUUUGUGCUUUUUGGGAGCUCAGAUGGACCACCUUACUGCAUUGGUAAUAAGUAAAUGAACACAGCUGUUAUUGGUUGUUUUUAUUGGACAACACUGUAACACUGAAAUAACUAACAAUGAAACAAUAACAAUAUGUCAUUGGAUGAAAAUUUAUUAGGCCUGUUUUGUUGCAAGUUAUUUUUGAAAAGUUUCAGUGAAAGGAUGACUUAAGACUUAAAACAAAACAAGUCUUUAUGCUUUUAUUCUGAAAAGUUUAACUUGUCACUUCCCCCCAUCAUCUAACAACUUUGUAAAUGUCUGAUGUAAAGGAAUAAGGGGGGAAAUGUGGCUUUUUUUUCUUUCUUUGUGUCAAGAAACAGGAAAAUAAAUUGAUCAUGUGUUUUUUGGUUCAAAAUACAAAAUGAAAAGGACCAAAGACUAAAAAUGGGCCCAUGGUGCUUGAAUUUAGAUUUAUUUGAUUUAGAUUGUAAAAUGGUAUUGAAACAAAAAACAAUAAAAACAAAACAAAAAAAAAAAAAAAACAGUCGUUCAGUAGACGGAUGACGAAUAAAAAACAAAUGACCACAUGAUACCCUGCCCUUGGUUCUCGAACAUAUCUUAAAUUCAAUGCUGGUAUUUGGAGACUUACAAUCCAGGUUUUGUCUUUCCAAAGGUUUUCGUUUCUUUCUUUCCUCACCCACACUUCUUUUCCAUUUCAAUCUCUGCUCUGUAAAACUUUUGCCUCCCUUUCUUCCCAUCCUCCCUCUUUUAUCUUCUUUACCCCAUCCUCCCCCCUUUGUCUCUCUUUUCCUCUCCUUCUCUUGUCAAAGAAAUCUUUGUUUUCUUUUCAUUUUGUGCAGGAAAUGGCAACUGACUGGGUUUGAAUCUGAAAACAGCUUCACAGGAAAGGAGUUCAGUUUUCUGCACAAGUGUGUUUGACUGAAAAAUGGAGAAAAAAAUGUUUAGAGAGCGGCUGUGUGCGAGGAAAAAGCCAAGAUAAAUGAUUCCAGACAUAACAUUAGAUCCUAGCAGAUAAAAACAAUUAGAUUAUCACACACUUGGACUGGUCUGUCUGCCUCCUGCACUACAAAUAGAAAGCACAGAUCCUCAUUACGGACACAAAUCUGUUUAUUCAUUCCUUGUCAAAUCGUUAGUCCAAAAUCAGGGAGUACUUAAUGAAGACAUACAAUACAUUUGAAUAAAAACCUUAUGCUGCCAUGAACAUAUAAAAAAUAAUCACCCAGUGAAGCUUUAAAUGUCGUGUCACUCUUUUGUUCCUCAUCCACUUGCUCCAGUUGGAUCUGCCAAAAAGGAACAGGAAACCUACUCUGUGCGAGGGCCCUCCUGCUGGGAAUCCAUAACUCAGACACACACACACACACACACACACACACACACAUAUGCACAUAAAUCAGAGAAGCACACCAGACUUAUACUUCCAAGUCCACUUUUCGUCAAUCUUUUUGCAGACUUAAACACACCCUCCUCAUUGAAAACACAUGUCACCGUUACAUCGGUUUUCUAGGAAUUCACGGAGAUUUAUUGUUUAAAAAUUGUGAAUAGUUAUCAAAUGCACAUGUAAUACUGCAGUAAGUGGAGGCGCUCUAUGCUAUGUUUCUACUUCCAGCGUUUUGGGUCACAGCCAAACACAUAUUAAGACAUAGACCCACACAUGUGGCUACACAUCUGUGGAAAAGCACCCUCAUUAAAUAGACAUAAACAUGUACAGUGCUAUAAAUUAAUAUGACGCCUUAGAGAGUGUGUGUAGCAGACUUACCCUAGGGGUUAAAUGGAUGUAAAAAUAAUAGAUCUAAUUUGUAGAAAGAGCAAAUUCAUUUAUUCUAAGACUUUCUGAGAGGCACCAGAACACGGAGGGAAAAGAGUCUGAAUUAAUUAAGAAGAAGAAAUGAAAACUGGUUUCAAAUGGAGACCCCCCAAACUGAAUCUGACCUCUCGUAUUUGUUGAUAAAAUGUGUUGCCAUGCAGCAGGCUGCCGGCCAGGAUAAAGUGUGCAUAUUUAUGUGUGUAUACGUCAGUUUCAGGGGUGAUCUCAAGGUAAACACAGGCCUCUCUAUAUCUGUGUUUUCCCUCGCUCCAGCACAAGUGUUAGGUCAGUGAGCGAGACAGUGUGUGUGAGAGGGAGAAAUCCUGAAUGUUUAUGUUUCUUGUCAGUCUCGUAUGUGGGUGUACGGGCGCUUGUUUGUAUUAACUGUCCGUUUGACACGUACAGUAUCUGUGGCUUGUAUGGCUGCUAGCAUGUGUGUAGCUGUAUGCCCUCUGCAUGUGAACGGGUCAACAGUAGAUCCACAAUGAGAUAAAAAUAGGAGGCCUUGAAGAUAAAGUAUUAAACAAUUUUGUUUUAGCUUCCUGUGUUGGAUGUGUAACUAACUUAAAAAGUAUUAAUAUGUUGGAUUGGGUUCGAAGCUUGCUUAUGCUGCCCCCUAAUGGCCAAGCAACCAAUCACUGUAAUUGCCUCAGACAAUUACAGCAAGUCAUUGUAAUCAAAUAAUGUCGCAGCAUGAGGUCAUAUGUGAUGUGUUUACCGGGAAUGAGGGAGCUUAGGGGGUGAUGGAGGAAAGAAGCCGAGUGGGAGGUGGGUGAGGUCCUGUCUUACAUCAUCGAGACUGCGACGCUAAUGUUCCCCAGCGCCUGCAAAUGCUCAUGGGACUAUUGUCAAGUGAUUUCAGUGCCAUGAGAUCACACUUAAAGUGAAACAAAGGCACUCUGUUAUGAUUGUGUCCAGUCUGAAAAGAUACAGAUAGGGUACUUAGGGAAAUAAACACUCUUUUUUAUGCAUAUAUCCAUUUAUAUCUUUGGAAAAUUAGUUCUUAUUCUUUUCCUGACUACUAUAAAAAAUCUUUCACAUUUUCCAUAUAACUGUGAUUAUAGUGCAGGACUUGUGUUUUUAAAAUCCAAACUCUGGGCUAAAGAACAAAAACAGUACUAAAAUUCCCCAGUAGCUAUUUUUUGAAUGCUACUUUAAUUUCAAAGAAACUUCAUCAUGCCCAAGCUAUACACCAGGUUGUAUUUUAAAACUUUCCCAUGACCGGACACAUGACAUGCUUGACAGCAUUUUUCUGUCUAUAUAAGCCCGCUCUGUUCAAACAUAUACAUCAUGUUUAAAAGUCUCUAAGGACCUUGAUAGAUGUCCUCACUCAGUGUUAGCCACAUGAGGUUAUCUAUGAUAUUUGUGUGUGUGUGUGUGUGUGUGUGUGUGUGUGUGUGUGUGUGUGUGUGUGUGUGUGUGUGUGUGUGUGUGUGUGUGUGUGUGUGUGUGUGUGUGUGUGUGUGUGUGUGUGUGUAUAGGGGGAGGGGGUAUGUUUCUCAUUGAGUAAUAUCCUUUUACCCUUUUGACCUCAUUGGUGAAAAUAAACAGCAGUAACUUCUGUAGGCUAAACGGUCAUUCAUCUCUUUUUUUUCAGUGCAGCUCAGACUUUGACUGAGCAGCAUGCGACAAUAAAACAGACUAAAGGGGAAAGAAGUAGAAAAAAUGCCUUUUAAAAACAUUGAUAUAAAAAAGGGAGAAAAAGUUAAUCACAGCCAAACCUGAAUUUUUUAUCAUCAUCAUUUUUUUCAUGGCUGCUUGCAUGGUGGUUGAUUGAUCGUGCCACUGUUUUGUCUCAACUGGACUACUCUUUGAUGUAUUGCCAUAACAUUUUGUAUAGCCAGUCAUGGUCCCCAGAGGACAAGUCUUUUCCUCAGCACUUUUCCCAUUAUCCUUUGACCCAGCAUUGCUUGUGAGUUGAUAAAUGGUUCUGAGACAUAUGUUACUAUGUAGAUGGCUCAGAAAUAUGGGCAGAUAUUCAUUGUUCUCCCAGGAAACACUUUGAAAACUUCAAUUCCUUUAACUUUUCUAGUUGCUCCAUUAAAAAUUCAACAUUGCCAAACUAAAAAUGUACAUAUCCAUCAACCUCUGCAACACUCAACUCAACUCAACUCAACUUUAUUUGUUAAGCACUUUAAAACAACCACAGCUGAACAAAGUGCUGUACAUAACUAGACAAAACAACAAGAUAAAAAACAAUAAAAAAAAACAAUUAAAACAAUGGAUAAAAUAAAAGCAGAAUUAAAAGUAAAAUAUAGUUUCAAUGUUUUUAAAAACUAAUUUAAAAACAUAGAAACAAAUAACUAAAAACAAACCAUAAAACACUAAAACAGGAGCCGAGUCUCAUACAGGGUUAAAAGCCAAUGAAUAAAAAUGGGUUUUAAGAUGACUUUUAAAAAUGGACACUCAAAGGUAAGUUCAGUGUAUAGGCAUACAAUAACACUGACAGUAUGCUAGCUCUUCUUGAACAUGUUGUUUCACGAAGCCAGUGUUUCGUAAAUGGCAGAUAAGGCAAACAAACUGACAGCAACAACACUAACAAACUUUUAAUCAUGAUUUUAAAGCUUAAAACCAAUAUGAGGGGGAAACUGUCGUGUAGCUGUUUUUUUCUUCUAAUUUCAUUCAAAAUAUUAUCUACAAAUGAUACAUUUGAGGGUCCAAAGGCAGCAGGACGAGAGUUUUGUAAGGAAAAAAUAACUACUUUGCAUGUAGAGAGCAAGACAAGCACAGGGGUUGCCAAAAGUGAAAGUUCCUAACAGGAGCUUUAAUUACUCAAAGUACAAAACUAUAACCAAAUGCAUUUCAUUCAAAAGUGAUAUCGAGCACUUUUGCUUUAUCUCUUUUAGAUAAAGUCUGAUGAAUUAAUUAAUUGAUUGAAUAAGGUUGAGCAUCCACUCAAUGAUUGUGCAGUCGUGGCACUGCAUGGUGAAUUCUGUCUUUGUGGAAAACUACCAUCACGAGGGUUAAACACUUUAAUUUCCAGCAGUGGUAAAACAUCAGAGUCUUGUGGUUAUCUGAAAUUGCAUGUGUGGCCGUGUCAGUAGCUUUGAUCAGAGACGCCUCAGAUCUGUGUUGAUUAUUACCACAUUGCCAGAGGAAUACAAACAUUGUAUCUAUGGAGCUCCGCUGUUUUCUCCAGCUUCUUUGGGCAAACAUGAGUUAACGCAAGUUAUAAAAUCUUUAGAGGAAGCUCUUAAAUGUGGUUAUAUAAUGCUAAGCAGAAUUUCACUAAGACUUUUAUUACUGUAGUAAAUUACUUUACUUCUUUGUGGACACAAGCUUCUGAUUUGCAGUUGGUGUGUCAUAUUUAUUCUGUUUGUAAAAUGAGGUAAUAGAUUUGCUCUCACAGCAUCUGAGAAGCUGUGUGUGCAGAGCAAGUUUACUGAGCAAAGUGCAGAGUUGCAUCAUCGGGCCAACAAAUAUGCAACGAAGCAUGUGAGUAAAUGUGUGUUCCUGCAUAUUACAUCUUUAUGUGUACAUACCACGCUCCUGCAAUGAGUUUCUCAAUGCAAUCUCUCAGAUACUGUACACACACACACACUUCUCCAGGUAUUUUCUAUGUGAACCUUUGACCUACUUCUUGUCAUACACGCACUCUCUGCUUGUAGACCUGCUUAAAUACAUGACACAAAAGACGCACUGUCUAAUUGCUUUGGUGUUCCACAUGAUCAAAUAAACGCCGGCUUCACCGUUUUCUGUCACACAUUUAUUAACUUGUUUCAUGUUAGUUGGGCACACACACAACAUCAAAGUCAUAACCGGGUUCAGGUGUGUGUUGUGACCUUGCUGCAUGGUUGCACAUAUCUGACUGGUUCAGCAGGUGCAGGUGACAGUUUGUGUGACAAGGUUCAUGCUGCACUUGUUAAAAUGUUGGACUUCAGUACAUUUCUACUCAGUAAAUAAGCGUAGGAAAGCAAUGGUAGUUAAAAUUUGCCACACACAAUGCUGCUGUUAUUUAGGUUUUUAUGCACCAACAUGAAGCAGUUUAAGCAGAUUAAGCUUUGUGGAUUCAGUGUUCUUCCAGUCGUUCAUUCACAUCCAUGUGUGAUAUGUCUUUACUUGUUGUUAGUGAUGAUGAGUGAUGCAAAUUCAAGAAGGCCUGGAUUUAUUUCUUCUAUGCUUACACUGAUAGUUGUGAUGGACACGGCAGUUCUUUUAGAUGUACUGAAUCACUGAAACCAGUUCACCAAAAAGAUUCGUUCAAAAGAUUUGUUCAUUCAUUCGACUCAACUUCCUAAAGUGAUGCACAGCUAAAUGGUUCAGGAUUCAGUUCAGAUUAUAGCUUCUGAGACUGGGAGAUGAGAGUGUUGUGGCUGUGUUGCUUUGACAAACAGGUUUGUAAAAAUGAACUUGUUUAUAAAUCAUGGGGUUUUAAAUGUACCAUCCAUAGACUGUAUAUAGAAUGGACAGCGUCUGCCUCCUUGCUGGGCGUCAUCACAGCGACUCUCGGUGAUUCUCCUGCCGAAUGCGCACAUCGCUUUUGGCUUUAAAUCCAUAUAAAGACGGGAGGCGGAACUAAGUUGUCUAUAGUACAUACAGUCUAAGGUACCGUCCAAUGGUACGCUAUUUGUCUACUUGGUGAAUUGGGUUCAGUGAGUGAUUCUUUAAUGUUUUCCCCACCGUACACCCAGUGAAGAAUUCACACUGAACAUGCACCGUUCCCUCGCAAAUAGCCGCAAUGAUAGGAUCAGUCACGCAUUUCUCAAACUGUGGGUUUUAUACACUACUUGUUACGUGCUGUGUCCAACUAAAUCUGUCUGAACAAUGGCCAUGAAAGUGUAUUUCUCAGACAAAAAUGAUUCCAGAGCAGUGGCGGUUCUAGACCAAAUUACUCCCCGGGCGAGCACCUCUCCAAGUGCGUUCCCCCCCCCCCCCCCCCCCCCCCCCCCCCACCCCACACACACACACACACACACACACACAAAAAGAGAUAGAAUUUUGAUAGUUUUGUAUUACUAUGUAGUAUUAUUAUUAUUAUAACAACAAAAAUAAUAUAUUUCUCAAUUGCAGAAAUCCUUCAAUAGAAAAAAACACAAUCCUGAGGGCCAUUUUGAGAAGGGCCCCCAGAUCCUGAGGUUUUCUGAUGUGUUAAGGUUUACAAAAAAGCUGCUAUCUCGGCCUCUGUAGUAGAUAGAAACAAAAUUCAUAAAGUAUUUGAGAGCUUAUACUUGUGGCUUUCAAGAAAGCUCUCUUUUAGUUUUGCGAACCUUCAUCACAUUUUUGAAAACCUUGAACAAACAAACUUAAAUGAAAUAAAGUGGCUGUGUAAAUAAAAGUAAAGGCUCUGCACUGGAGAAUGACAAAUAAUUUGCUUUCUGUAAAACAAGUGGCAGUCAUGAUAAAGUGUCCAUUCAAUACAAAUGUAAAUAUAGAAAACAAGGUGUUAAAGGGUAUACAGCUGCCCCAGUAUAGUGCCAGUACAAAAGCAGAACUAAAAACUAAAAAAUGAAUAAAUAAAUACGUGGCUGACAGUGUGUUCAUCUCUGUUCUCACCCAAAGUCAUGCAACACUCAGAGAAAACGCUGAUAGUGUGAGCCAAAGCACUCCAUAUGAAGAGGUUGUUCACACUGCUGGAUGUUUCUCCUCUGAAGCUGCUCUCCUCUCUGUCUCCGUCAUUGUUUACGUCACUCAUGAAGCUCAUCAAGCACAUAGCAAGAUCCGAGCAUGAACCCGAGCGCUUUAUUCGCCUAUCAAAGGCAGACGGGUACGGUGAUUUCAUUCACCGCGACUCCAGAAAUGAUUAAAAAACUACAAAAUGACGUAUCCGCGCUCCCGCUGAUAUGCUGACAUGCGUACACAGAGCAGAGCUGUCCCCCUGCGACUCUCUCCCCGCCUCGUCUCCUACAGUCUGUCAGCCUCUGUGCAGCACCUUCGGAGCAAGCAGGGGCGCCUACAGCAGCAGGGGGGGCGCCAAUUUGACAACAAGAGUUAAUACAAAACCGCUUUGCGGUUAAGAUUUAUUACUAUUAUCUUUUAUUUUAUAUUUUUGGAAGUGCUCGUGCCGCCCCCCAUGAGUCAUGACACAAAUGCCGCCCCGGGCGGCUGCCCUGUUCGCCCGUGCCUAGAACCGCUACUGUUCCAGAGAGUGUAGUUCACUGUGUGGUUCGCUCACGAAGUGAUUCACCAUCAGUGUGUGCAGUCCCUCGCUCGCAGGCUGCUCACCCGGCAAUGCUGUUUGCUAUGGCAGUUGCACUGCUGACAGCUGACAGCUUAACUAAAGUGAGAAACGAACAAAUUACUUGACGAAGUGAUUAGGUUCAGUACGUUCACUUAAAAGAUUCGGUUCUUUUGAACGAAUCAUUCGCAAACGACACAUCACUAACUGAUACGGUUUUAUUAUCUCCUUGGCAUCAUUCAUAGUGUAAAUAAGUUUGAAUGGAAGGACGGUUAUAAAACUGUGAUUAUUCUAAACAUAUUAUCAAUCUAAGCCGAAGAAGAGAUUAUGUUUAUCCAUUUUAACAUAUACAAGCAUUUGCUGACUGCUCAUCAGUCACACAAGACAUGACACAAGCUGUCAUUGGUCGUGUGGUACUCCUUUAAGCAGAUGUAAAAUUACAGGGUUGUUGCUCAAAUCCUUCCACAGAAUUCAUAUUUAGAGCGUUUAUUUUUACAAAUUCAGUGCACCAUAUUUGGGGUGUGCGGUGGCCGUUUGAAAUCCGUGUGUCCCUUUAAAUGCCUAAAGUUUUGGGACACAUUGUUUGGCAGAAAAAGCAGCCUUCGUGGAACUGUGGAAACGAGGAAUGUCCACAAACACAGAGGAAGGAAACGUGUGCUGUGGACAUGCGAUGAAGGCCGAGCCAUUAAAGCCAGGAAGCCUCUGAUAGGAACAUCCUGUGAUGUCACACACUCAUGGCCCAGGCAUUAACGCUUGUUUGCCUCAUGCAUGAUACCGUAUGUACUGUAUACAAUAUGUAGACACACACAUCCUGCACCUCCCUUACUUAUCUGGCUGUUAGUCAGGAUCACAUUGUGGUGAACCAACUUCUGGGGUCAGUGACUUAUAAUGACACCAAAGCACACACACACUGUUAGCACACAUUGUGUAAUCGUAGUGUUGUUAUUCUACUCUAAUACUAGCAUGACUCAUUCUGUAGGAUUAGGCAAUUCAGGUUUGCUGCCACAUUGAAGUUGAAUCACACACACACUUGACUGCAAAAACACAGUGGAUUUCAAGUGAAAACAGUUGCAUAAUUUAAACAUCAGGGGUUAAUAUCAGUUAUUGUCGGUGUUGACUGUGGUUUAAAGCAGUGAUUUCUUCACAAUGCAUGAGUCAUGGGCAUUUCAAUACCUGCUGUUUGUUGCCUUUUCUGACAAACGCCACAUUUAUUAUUUCAGCUUGAGAAGGAAAUAACAUGGAAUACGGGUGGAGGCGGUGAAUGGAAAGAAAAUAUGUUCCCACCAAAUAUCAAAAUAUGGCGGCGUCCUUUUUUCAAUAGCGGGUACAGCUCAGUUAAUUCUUUAUUCUCCAUUUUGAUGGGUGUUUUCAACUCAAAUAUGUUUGGCUUGUGUUAAAAAUAUAGGAGGGGUUAUUAAGAUCACAAUAUUCCCACUGUGUGUCAGGAUGUGAGAGCAGCCUGAGGAGCGACCAGACUUCAACAAAGAUCCUGUCCUGCAAUCCAGGCAACAGCAGCAGAGUUGGUCAAUGCAUCUCAAGCUUGCAGAUCACUUCAAAGUAGUAGUAGUAGUAGUAGUGAUAAUAGCAACUGCGUGAAAAAGUUGUGACAUCAGUAUAAUUUAUGUCCAAAAGUAUGUCCACUUGCUCACAUUGACAGGAUUUUAAUUUGCAUAACCAUCUGUUUACUGCAUGUUAUCCCAUAGGUGCAUUAAAGAAUGAUCGAGAGGACUUAAAUAAAAACAUUCACUGAAAAGCUUUAAUUACUUACACAAUCACCUUCAGAGCAAAGUAAGACGUAGAUGCCAAGCUUCAUUUUGCUUGCCGUUGUCUAUGCAGAGGUCAAAGGUCAACAAUCAGUCAUCCAAGAACUCUUUAUUGAUGCAAAUGCUUACUGUAGAGCAGUAAAGGACACACUUUCAGACAGAAAAAUCAGCAAGAAAAGUUAUUGUCUUUGAGUGUUUGUUACUUUUGCUUCACCUUCACCCCGGGUUCAGUAUUUUCCCCUUCUCACCAGCUUCAUUCCCUCACUAAUGUCCAUUUUCCUCCUUAUUUGUUUCCUCUUAUCAUUAUUCUAACAGACUUUUGUUUAGCUGUAAAGCCAAUGAGGCACUGAGUAUUUCCUGGCCUGCACAUGUGUGAAAGGAGUUGAGUUUAAACUGUAUAUUGAGGCAACGGAGCACACUUGUUUAUAAUCUGUAUUCUGGACAUGCUGUAUACACUGUAUUUACAUGCAAGCACUCAUGUGAAAUAAUCCUUGGGUCUCUGUUUAUAUUCUUGAAACAUCAAAUAACAAUAACAGAAACAUAUAUGUUGUUAUGUUGGACUUGAAUAGACCUGCCAAUCAAUAGCGUGGUACCGUAAACUGUAUAAAACACAUUUUAGUAACAUUACCUAUUGGAGAAGCAUUGGGACCAACAAUAAGACUGUCAUAUAGGCUUAAUUCUGCUGUAAAAUGGGAAUUUUCACACAGGCGGUCAUUGGGUCUCUCUGGCUUUUAGAGUCAGCCUCAAGUUGGCCCUCAUUUUUUAACACCAAGGAUGGACGCUUGAGAGAUACCAGCUUCCAAAACUGUGUUUGAAUCAUGGGUGAGGUCAUAUAUAAACUUACAUUGGGGUCAUAAAAUAAGCGGUAAAAUGAGUGUAAUUUUAUAUAAGAUCAUACAAAAAUGAGAUGCAGUGUGUUAAGGAAACUUGUUUUAACAUUUAAUCCAGUUGUCUGGCAGUUCAGGUGUAGAGUGUAGGUGAGUGUCCCAUGCCUUAUGUUUCAUGAAGGCUCAGGGUUUUUUGAGGGCACUUAAGUCCAAAAGUGAACUCGGGGUGUAAACAUUGACCCACAGAGUGUUUUACUGUAAGAUGACCUGUGAGCUGCAGCAGCUGGGUUGCAAGAUAAUUAAGAUGACGUUCCUUCAAAGGGAAUGACUGCAGCCAGCUCCCACAUGAGCAAACAUCUGCAUCCCCGGAGGGUCUAAUGUUAACCUUUCACCUCCUGAAAAACAGUAAUGAGGUUGAAUUUGUCUCUACGAAAUACUUAACUUUUUUCAGCAAUUUCCUCUUUUUGUGAUUACGCUCACAGUUUGUAUACUCACACCUUCUCUUUACAGCAGGUCAAACACGGCAAAGAAACACGAGGAAUCCCACCUGUUGGAGCUGUGUCUGUCCUCACAAAGCCUCUUUUACAUCAGACCAACCUCUUUCCAAACAUGCCUCCCAUGCCAUAAAAACUUCAAGCAAACUCUCAACAAUGAGUAGUAUAUUUUUACAACUCCACAAAUCACUCCAGAGGGGGUGAAGCACAUGUGUAUUUCCUUUGGCAAUUACUGCGAAAAUGACUCAGUUUGUGUGCAUGAGUGGGAGUGCUGUGGCUGUGUUUGUGUGACAGAAAUAAGUACAGAAAUUCAAUGCAGCUAAAAAGUGAUGUCAAACCAGAAGGGACAAUUGAAGAUUGAACUGGAAUUUUUUCUGUCCUUAUUUUGGGAAAGUCUUUGCAGAAUUACAAGGAGUUAGAGAGGAAGUGUUUUGAGUUAAGAAGAGAAAGUUUUAAAAAGGACCAAUAGGCAGCCAAAUUACAGACUCAGAGCGACUGCAUUUGACUUUUUUAACUUAACUUCACAUCCUUAGUGUCUUUAUUUGUUGCUUUACUGUUUAGUAUCUGCUACAUGGUACAUUUGAAGCAGUUUAGAUCAGCUGCAGACAAUAUUGGAAAACCAGGUAAUCAAAUACUAUACCUUGAAUAGUAGUUGUAUUAAUGGUCAUGUGCACACGUCUAUAGUUUCAUAUCUUACCUUUUAUAUGAAAUACUUAUCAUAUCUUUAUUCUUUAUAUAUGUUAUAUUUUCAUUUUUUACUUAUUAAAUCAUGUUUCUUUCUGUAUAUUGUGGGGUCAACAAAUGUGAGAAAUUACAGGUAUAAAACUGUAAAACUCCUCUCAAUAUUAAAGGUGUGACCACACUCACUUAAGGUGAAUUUUUUCCUGCAGCCAAAAACUCAACCUGAAUUUACCUGGACAUUUCACCACGAAACUACCGGGUAAAAGUUCCAAAAAAUCAGGGCUUAGUGAAUUCACACAUGCGCUCAGCUUGGACAAUGUCAGGAAAUGCUGAGUGGGGCAUUGUGUGUAUGACAGGGGAUUAUGUGUGCUUGUAUGGGCUUCAAUCUCACAAAAUGUCUUUAUUUUGAUUUUAAAAAAUAGAUCAAUAAAGCAGUUGUUCCUAUUGAUAUUGGUUGAUAUGGACACACAUAUUUUUGGUAAAGGUGCAGAAACUUGCAGCAUAAGGAGAGAUCUGGUUAUAUUAUAGUUAAUUUUCCUGUGGGACACCUCAGGGGUCAGUCCCAGGACCACUCGUGUUUUCUCCUUAUUUCUUGCACCUGGGACAUGUUGCCCAUUAAUGCGACAUUGAUUUUCAUUUUUAUGCGGGCGACACCCAGCAAUACUUCUAUCUUAGCCUUAAGACCCAGAUCACAUUUCCUUACUCAUUAAUUGUAUUACUGACUUUAAAAAAAAUGGGAUGGCCCACAACUUUCUACAGCUAAACAUGAACAAGAUAGAGAUCAUCAUUUCUGGCCAAAGCACCGCACACACCCAUAUCACUGAAACUCCAGAGCCUCUUUUUUUGCAAAUAUUUUGAACAGCUGCAGAAAUCCUGGAGUCUACAUCAUAUAAUUAUUAUUACAUUUGCACACAGCCAUGGAAUCAAGACAGGAAAUAAAAGCUGCAGUACAAGGUCAUACGCUUGGAUGGAUCUGUAAAUCUUCUCCAUCUUCUCCAUCUAUUAUUAGACUUUUAGGAAGUCAUCCUCACACCAGGCUAAACAUUCACAAGAGCUGAACAGGCUCUGACGCCGAGCGGUAACGUGGCCCAUACUCGUCAUUCCUGCCUGUCAACAGUGAGGUUAACUGAAGUCACCGCUUCAGUUAAGUUCAGCCUCUGAUCAGUAAGAACAUACCUGUUUACAUUCAUGUUUGGAUGUUGCCAUGGCAGCAGGAAAGGUGUUAAGAGUCCAUUGAUUUUACAGACUCUGCCGGCACGUCAAUCACAUCUUAACUCACCUUGAACACAGACACAUCUGGCGCAAAUAUCUUGAGGGGUUUUUGGCAAUCUUUAACAAUUUGCAACUUCUUAUGCAACAGAAACAUCCAACAUGGCUGACAUCAGACUUGUUGUGUUUUAGUAGCAUUUUUAAACUCAAAUUCCAAGUAUAUGCUUAAACAACUUGUUGCAUUGUAUCUAAGUAGCACUCUGACACAUUCAUAGGUUAUUAUAACCUCAAACACCUGGAGCAUUAUCAAUCAGACAAAUAUGUGGUGUAGUGGUGAGCUGUUAGCUAAUAUAACUGAUUCUAACAUCUGAUUUAAGUGAUUUAUAAUUCAACCCAGAGAUUGUAUAAAAAGAUAGGGUCAUGAAAGCACACCAAAAGUGAAACAAAACACUUUGACAUCCUCCUUCUGGCUGGUUGCAGUAAAGGUCAUAGACUCCACCCCCUCCAUGUUAACAGAUGGGACAUGGAUCAAACUUAUAAUCUUCUAAUAAACAUGGUUUCUGUCAUUUUCUGUCACAAAGUAAUAGUUUCAGUCUCACCAGCCCACACUACAUAGACUAACCCAUGGUGCCACCCACCAGUAAGGGAGCAGCAAAUAACUUUAAUUUAGUAUGACACAUACUGAGACAAAGUUACUCCUUCAGUUGACCACAUGAAAAAGUAUUUGUGUGUCUUAUGUGUGCGUGCGUGCGUGCGUGCGUGCGUGCGUGUGUGUGUGUGUGUGUGUGUGCGUGUAGGAGCAGAGUGGAGUGGCAGUGGUCUGAUAUCAGUUGACUCUGCAUUCCUGACGGUGACCACAUGGUGUAACAGAGUCUGUCAUAUCAGCCAUUCAGCCAGCCGGACCCUUCAGACCUGCAGGGAAGCUCCACACUAACUUUUAAACAGAGGCACUUUAAAUCGACAGAUUUCACGAAUAUGAUAUGUGAUGUUUUUGCGGCUGUGUCCCACUGCACACAUGGUCCAAAUAGAGUCCUAUUAUCUUUGUUUGUUUUAUUUCAAUUGUUUAUUUGACUCAACAAAUUCAUGUAGGGAUGAGCUUACUGCAUAUAUCCCACUUAUGACCUGGCAACCAACUAACUCUACAAACAAGCUGACACAAAAUUUUGAUUUAAGAUGAUUUUAUUAAUUCAUAAAUGAUUGAUUAUACAGAUAAAUAAAAGUUUCUCCAAUCUAACACCAGUAAAGCUCCCACAGUGAUGUGUUAUAGCCUUGAAUCUGACUGCUGAUUUAAGUCCAAGUUUUAAAUGUAGUUUCACAAUCAUACAAAAUCCCUCUAUUAAGAUCUAAAAGGGAGUUUGUCUUACAUCUAACAUACUCCAACAUACACACACCUUCACUUACACACUAAGGGGAUUCCUUCAACAUCCUGCCGUGUAAUUACUGAGGCGUCUGUCCUGCUGCGUUACAGCCUGCCCUCCAAAGGCUAGCCGGAAGAUCACAACUUUGAUCGCUGCAAAGAGGAGAAGACCAGUAGCAGAUAAAAUAAGGGAGGAAAAUCAUACUUAAAGAUGGCGAUAGACAGUGAUAAGCAUUUUUUACUCCAAAUUCAAAGUGGUCAGAGUUAAUAAUCAUCCAGAGCAAGGUUAAAUGUUUUUAACGUUGGUUUCGGUGUCUCUUUUCAAGCUUUUUUAUGGAUCCGCCAAAAGCAGAAUGUAGCAGUGAAGGCAGGAAGAUCGUGAUGUUUUAUGUGACCAUAAAUAGGAGAGGAAGAGGGAAAGGAUCAAUAAACAAGAAGAAGAAAAAGAAGAGUUAAAGUGACACGAGGCUUUAACUCUGCUGUGACAUGAAGUAAUAUUUUGAUUUUGUAGUCAUACUUAAAGACACCUAUAGACCACAGAAACUCAUUUGUAAUCAGAGUCAACGAUCUGCAUCAUUUUUUAAUCAUGAAAAAUGGGCCCUUAUUUAUUUAAAGGCCCAUUCUGCACAAACACCAGGACAAACACGGAGCAGGACGGUAGCCGACCCCAGGGCAAAGGCUAAAGGUCAGCUGCUGUAAAGUGCAGGACAGAAGUGGUAUUUAUGUGUGUUCGUGUGCGUGUGUGUGCACGUGGAUAAUAGCCUCAACCUUAUUUCUUUCCAUGUCAAAGGUCACCUACUACAUGUUUUAACUCUAACCCGGUUUAUGUCCGGUUAGGUGCAUGUGUUGAGUUUUGUCAACUGUUUGUUUGUGACCGAAUAUAAUGAGUCCAUUCACUAACCCGUGCAGCACCUCUGCCUAUCAUCAGCACACACAUAGAGCACAUAGAAAGACAAACAAAUAACACGCUGCUACACAGCAGGACAGGUGCUGCUGGCCCGUGUCUGCCUAAACACAAACACAGAUGGGAGGCUCUGGUCUCUUGGAUCAUGAGUGACAUGGUUUUAAAACCGUCAGAUCCUUCAGUUUUCUAUAUAAAUGAGAUACUGUUUGGAAAGAAUAAUUGAAAAUGGAACUGAAUUGCAAAUUAAAGGAAAAUUACUUUGCAAACUGGCAGAUAGGGAGCUAUUUGAGGAACCAUUUAAAUGUCUUGUGUUACCAUCCAACCCCAGGGAGUAAAGAUAUUGUUAAGAUUGUAGUAGAUUGAUACCUCUGUGAGGCUUACACUGAAAACUCAUGUUUUUCAAAAUAAAACUCUGAUGAUACGAAACAGAAGGAGAAGAAGCCCCAUUCCUGAUGGCUGUCUAACAGUUGGUAAAACCAAGUGUGCUUGUAAAGUAGACAAUAAGAGCACAGCUACAUCUUAUUACGAAUUAACUUCUAUAAAGAUGAAGUAAUGCAUAGCCAGACUUCUGUAAAAUGGAUCCACUGGCUUCAAAAUACCAACAUGUCAAUGCACAAAAUGUUCCUACCCAUAACAGUCUGCAAACUGAAGGUCAUGCAUACUUCUUCAAGUCAGUCUCUGAUCAAAUGCACAAUUGCAUAAGCUUUUGUCAUCUUGAGCUUUUACACAUGCACACUCUUAAAAUUGUGUUGUUGUUUUUUUGUUUUUUGACAUAUAUCUGGUAAAGUGUCUAAAAGGCAGUGAGAUAAUGACAGAUCAUUAAAUACUUCAAGAAAAAGGUCUAAAUAGAGUUAACCUAUGCACUACUUUUACUUCUACCACUUUAAAAGCAUCAAUUGGUCUGACAACUGAACAACCUGUGACUUGUUCAGGAAGAUUUUUGACUAACCACAGAUCUUCGUCAGACAAAGCUUGAUGUAAAAAGUUCUCUCUGAAAGUUUUUAGGCUACAACUUUGGGGAAUUUUCCAGCUAAAAUCUUUUUCAGUAGGUAAUAAUUCAGCCACAGUUCUGCUGCCAGUGAGAGAAAACACAACCCCUCUCUUUGUCAUUGUCUCUCUUCCUCCCGUCAUGCUGACUCCUCUUCGCUGUGUCCCUAUCUGUUUCUCCUCAUCUGCUUUUCUGCUUUCUUCCCACUCCCUCACCCUAAAUGGCAGUUAUAUAAAAGCCAAACAGAAAGAUGAUGCCUUCAGGCACAGAGAGAGCCGUGGAAAAAAUGCUGAAAAGAAGUCAGUAAAGCAGUGAGACAGACUGACAGGGGGAUGUAGGGACAGACGGAUGGUAAAAAUAAGAUAUUUAAGGAGAAGCACUGCUCCACUCCUUGUUUGGCUUCUCUUCCUAUUGGCCGUUAUGAUGGCCAAUCAGAGUCCAGGGGAGGAGCACUUCCUGUGGGCUUGAGGGGGGCCUCCCAUGUGGUCUGCAAUAUAUAUGUGUGUUAAAGUGUGUAUGUUGAGGUAGCUGCGUAAAAGCGUGCACUUUUUGCUCACAUUAUUUUGUAAAUAGUGGAGACACGUGUGUACCUGGACAUGUGUAUACCUCGUGUGUGGCUCAUGCUGGUAUCAAGCGUGAUCAUCAGUUCUGUGUGUUAGGCUGGUGUGGGCAUGUGUACAUUUUGUACCCUGGACUCAUGCCCAUGAAAGGUUGUGGAUCAGGGAAUUUCAAGAAUGUGGGUUGUUUAAGGACUCUGACUUUUUGAGAAGAGGUUGAUAUGAAAAUAAAAGCUAUGAAAAACAUUUUUUAAAGAAAACUUCUGUGUAGGGAGACCUUUUUCUGUUAAUAGAAGUAUGAAUGAAGUAUAAAGCUGAAUGCUUUAGCUUGUUGCUGUCUCACCUUUGCUGAUCGCUAAUUUUCUUAGGAGUGUAUGAACGUGUUCAGGAUGAGGAUAUUCAGCGACAUCUAGCACUAAUACUCUGGAGUGGUGUAAGGCCCUCUCACUGGUCUCUCCUGUCUCCAAGGCAAUAGUGGCCCUAGAGGACCAAAAAGGAUUUAUGCGGUAAAGAUGGCGUUAUCUACAACAAGCAAGAGUUUAAAAGCCACAUGAAGAGAAAAACUGAUUUUCAGUCAUUUUUUAAUGAAAAUAAAGUUCCAGUAAAAUCAUUUUCCUAUGAGGUCAAAGUCGUAGUUAGGUUAUUUUAUCAAUGCAAUCAAGAAUGUAAUGUUAUGAGAUUAAAGGAAUAGUUCUACGAAAGAUAUCAGAUUUUUGGUUCACGGUGAGCCGUCUGCUUCUUGUGUCAAAAUGAGGAAUGUGGAGCAUCUGGUGAAAUCAUCUUUAAUGUUUUAUGUCCUCAGCACCACUUUGUAAUAAGUAUGGGCACUCUGAGAUGUGUGGUAUUCCCCCUUCAGAAAAGCUGUGACUUUAUCUUGUAGCAUUAUGACUUCAUUUGCAUAAGAACAUGAAAAUCUUAUAUUCAUGUGGCCCUAACACCCCGCUGUAAGAAGGAAACAUUGGUUGUGUUUAGCUUCACUUAGCUAAUUCCAGCUUGUGUUACGAAAACGAUGAAAAACUUGUGAUCUUAAAAUUCUAAUAUUUGAUAGUCUUACUGUUUCUAGAGAAAUCUGGCUCUGUGUUGCGUUAAGUUCUAGAGGUAAAAGGUAUAUCAUAAACCUCAUAUGGAAUAUUCAGACUGAUUUGAUCUCACCUCCUUUAUCAUAAAGCUGAAACACAUCCAGAGGUUUUUGGUAGGUGUUUAAUAGCAGUUUCCCUUUUCCUUGUGUAUAUUUUAUUUCGUAUGGAGCUACAUGAUUGUCCUUGGCUCAGAAAUACACAAUGAAAAUAAACUUUAAUAGUAGUUUUAUUGACUGCUACUGAGUGUCAGUUUUCAGAAACAAACCCCUAAAUCUACUGGAGCCUAUAGACUUGGAAAAUAACCAGCAAGCCAAGAAUAGUGAUAUACCACAUGCAGCUUUCUGUUUAGGAGCAAAGGCAGAUGUUGAGUGAUUAGAAAGUUGCAAUUGAUGGGGUGGGAAAACAAGAAAAAAAACAUUUGCACUCUCUUUUAAAGUACACAUUGAACCAGAUAUUCAAUUGCAUGCAGUUCACAGCUUCUGAGGGUAAAAUGUGCAAACUCUAUGACCUCCUGCAACAAUUUCUCAAAACUAGUGCUGCAAAUAACCUUCCAACACUGCCCUACCUAUCUUUGGAAACAAAAGGUCAAGUACUAAUUUAUGCACAUAUUACCAUAAAUCAAGAUAAGUGCUAAUAAAGCAUCCAAAAGACACAGUCAGUACAUUUAAAGAGACAUUACACUAAGUGAACACACAUGGCUUGUAAAAGUGAACGCAGGCCUUUCCAGUGUUUUGAUUGUGCUGUGUGUAUGUGUGUAUGAGUGUGUGUAUAUGUGUGUGUUUUGGCUACCUGCCCAAGGCCGAUGUUGAUAAAGUGUGACCACAUGAGUCCCCAGUGGAGAAAAAGAUGGAAAUGAGCCAGUGUAUAUACGUACGUUUUCUCUCACUCUCUCCCUUUCUCCACAUAACAGAGGCAGCCUAUUCUUUAUGUCCUCCUCACCUCUCUCACUCUCACUUUCUCCCUCCUUCCUCCCUUUUUUCUACUUAUCCCCUCUCGCUCUCUUCUUCUCUCACACACACUCAGAAAAACACACAAAGGACUGUGGUACAUGUGUUCAUAAUGUCCUGGCGGUCUUAGAUUUCUAGGAAUUGCUUCAUACUUUCUUGGAGAUUAACCCCGUGUGGAUCAAGCUGUACUGUAGAUUUCUAGGGUAAAUAUAUACCACGUAUGUGCGACUUUGAUGUGGAUUACAGCAUCACGGCAGGUAAAUGCCUUCCACUGAGCGAUGUUUAAUCAGAAUUAAACAUUUGGAUAAACUGUGAGGUGCGCUCUAUCUUUAAAUACCACUAAAAACAUACUUGCCUCCUGACGCACAGCUCUAAUCUGUUUUGGUUUUGGUUUGUGGCUGACCCAAGAGUCCAAAAUCUACAUCCAAAAAUGUCAUCAUCGACAGCUUGUUUCAUAAACCAUGGCACCAAUCAGAUAAGCUGUCAAACCUCAUGUGAAUGCUGUCAGUGAGGAGUGCGCGUUGCUAAAGGGCACCUGCUGACAAAGGAGAAAGAGAGGGAAGUGGAUGUAAACACACUGGCUAAGCAGAGCUGUAAUUUUGUGGCACCACUGGUUAUCGCUGACGGUUUGCUAGUUACAAAUUUGGAAAAGCCGGCAUUAUCCAAGCAUUAGACGGAAACAAAAACACAUGAGCUCAACCAAAAGUUUUGUUUCCUUUCCAACAUGUUGUUUCUUGUCCCCAAGUACCCAAAUACUUUUAUUUCUGCACAUUUAGCAAAGAAAAAAAAAACAAGUUAUGGCUCUAAUGUGCCUCAAAGGAACAUGCCUGUAUAAAGGGUCAUACAAACACUUCAAGCUUGUACAGUGAUGUACAAUAGUUGUGUUGGGAGACAAAGAGUGGUCAUGACGGGGGGAUGGUUACUCUUUUACACCAAUCUUAAAAGCUUUUGGACCCAAUCCAGAAAUUCUGAUGUUGUACAGAUGUGGUGCACUGGAUUUUAAGAGGCUCUAUGGGAAUUCAGCUUACUUGUAAGACUGUCAUCAUCAUUCAGAGACCAUUGCUUUUAGAUAUAAAGACCUUUGCAACUUAGCCUUAGCUGUCUUGAACUAAAGGUGUGGUGUUUUGAGAUUAUGGCAAAAAUGGAUGACACUGGGCUGGGGUUGCAGUACUAAUUUUGUCAUUUAUAUCUGCAAUGCCAUAAACCAUGAAUGAUUUCUGUAAACACAAUUGAAUUUUCAACAAUAAGAAGAGUGUUUCAACUCUUACAGAUGUCUUAAUUAAAAGUGAAGUAUACAGUUGACCAAAAGUUGCCAAAUCAGGCUGUAAAUAUUCCCUGAUAAACUGGAGGGUUGUUGUUUUUUUCCUCGACAUGGGGGUCUAUGAGGAAUGACUCACUUUUAGAGCCAGCCUCGAGGGGGCCACCCAAGAGACUGCAGUUUUCAGUAAUGGCUGCAUAAUUCAGCCUUUUGACAGAAUCAUAUUGGGCACAUUUUCAGCAUGCUUACACCUUUUGAAAAUUUUUAGGCACCAAGCUAUAUAUUUCACAAAACACUGACUAGACUCUUACACUUAUUUCCAUACAAAGGAAAACAUACAAAAAACAUUUUUGCCUCCACAUGGAGCUUUUUUUUUUUUAAAUAAAAACAAAUGCUUCUUCUUCUGAAGAUGAACUAUCACAUGGUGGGUGUUACUUAGUACGAAUAAUGACAAGUUAAUGACUGAAGGGUUGGGCAAAGUGGGGAAGGUCUUGGUCGCAACAUCAACUUCAACAUUCAUAUUUGCAAAAACAAAAAUCAUGCUUGUGUUAACAUGAUAAAAAUUUAUACAAUAAAAUGAGUGCUUAGAAUAAAUUAGCUAUUUUACAGAAGUUUUGAUUUAAAAUAAAUGCAUAUAGACCGAAAAGUUGACCAUAACUGGCUAUAAACAGCUGUAAUGUUGUCUUUUUCCUCUCAACAUGGGCAUCUAUGAGGAGUGACUCACUUUUACAGCCAGCCUCAAGUGGACACCUUAGGAACUGCAGCUUUUGGCAUUUCAGUUAGAUUAGUUUAAUGUGGUUAAAAAAAGUUGUAUAACAGGCAAAUUCAGUUAAACAUGAUAUGUUAUAAGAACAGAGUUAGCUGACAAAGAGACUGUGCAGUGUCCUUAUAUAUUUACAGUAACAUGUAUAGUGCUGACACUCUGUUUGUUUUGGAGCAGCAGAGCACAUUACAGCAGACUGAGGUCAUACAGCACAGUGUGUGUUUAGUGUGCACUGGAUUGACUUUAUAUACGUGAUCUAUGUCUUCCUUAAACACAUCUCCGUUUCUGUGCAGCCUGAAGAAAAACAGACAGCAGCCCCCGGGUAAAAGGAUCCAUUUGUGGAAAGAAUACUUUAAUCUAAAGCUCAGUGUGAAGUCAUGCACUGUGCGCCUCUGCAGACUCUGCAGCAAAGCAGAACAAUAAUUAGAGGGAGAAAAGUUUGAGUCUGGCAGGUGCUAUGAGUCAUGGAUUUAGGUUUUAUGUAAUGAAGUCAAAGGUUGCACACACACACACACACACCUCCACCACUUUUUUUUGGGGCUAUUUUGAUAUUCAGCAAUUUUAUCAAAUGAUUCCCCAAGAAAAUAGGAAUAAUUCAUGUUCAACACACAGUUAUACACUGUUGUUUAAAUGCAAAAACGUGCAACUCUCUAUUCAGCUACAAGCAACAUUUUUUGCAACCACUUAAACAUCAGCUUCAGUCAGAACCCUUACAGCAAAAACCACCACAAAAUGUUCUGUUUUCUUUCCACCAAAAUAAGAGCACCGCCUAAUCCCUCUUGGUAAACAAUGGAGAGGCUCCUGAGACUCAAUUUAGUGUGAUGAAACAGACAAUUACAGUUUAGCAUGUCAUGUUCAAUUACUAAGCUUUGAGAAAAGUCAGAUUUAUGUUCUGCACUGUCAGAUGAAUUGAGUUUGUCCUCGACUUGGAUGAAUACUCAGUCGUUAAUCACGUUUUUGGCUUAGAUUUGGGUACAGGGAUAAAAAAAAGUCAAACAAUGACAUCUCAUUUUGCAGUGGUCUGUAACAGAAGUGUUGAUAUUUGCUGCCCUCUUCUGAUCAAUGUCAUAAACUUCAGCAUUGAGACUUCAAGGCCUACCUUUUAAAAUCUCUCAGAGCUUCAUAUUGACAUCAACCCUACAAGUCUGAACAUUUUCACGUGUCUUUAUUGUAUCCCAUCGUAUCUCCAUCCAGCUCUGUUUAAGGGUGUUUUGGGUUUCAAUUUGCAGCUGACUGAGCACUUCAAGCCAGGUUUUUGUAGGAUUUUAUCAAGUUAAAUACAGAGACAGAAUUUUCACCUGGAGGAUGCAAACAGCAUUUAAUAGAAAUAGUAGAAACCAACAACUCUGUACAAGACUUCCAAUAACUGCAACCGCUUUGUAUCAUGUCUUAUAUCCUGAUCAUGGGAUACUUUGUCAUCUUUCAAAUGUUAUUUUUAUCCGAGAACUAUGAAACUAUGUCAGAAGUUACAAUAAGUUUACACUGUGAUGGUGAGCUGGGGUAUUGGUGUGGUUACAAUCCAAGCCAGCUCAACUCAAUCACCAAAACCACAUCUCUAUUACAUUUCUCAACCAAUACACCGCAAAAAAAAUCAAGAGUAGGCUAGUGUUUUCAACUUAAUCGACCUUUUAUAGGCCACCUCCAGGUGACAAGACAAUAUAAACAUCUCAUUACAAGGUAAUACAAAGCUAACCAAUCUGCCCACAGUGGGUGUCAAGUCAACACAGACAGAACGACAGAAAAUUUAGACAUUAAAAAGUCCUAAUUAUAGUGUUUUAUGGCAGUGUCCAUGUCCAGAAUUUAAAUGAUUUUAGUCCGUCUUGUUUGUCUGUGGUACUGAGCUUUUAAGGGUGUAAAUAAAGGUGUAGAUUUAUCGAGGGUGUAAAUGUGAAGGAAACCCCUCUUUAGAUCUGUGUCUCUCUUUCAGGGAGGCUCCCCCUCCAACCUGAAUAUGAACCUUUAUGCCACCAAGAAGACAGCAGCUGAAGGCAUGCUGGACAUCGCUCUGUUCCUGGCAAACAUCACUCACAUGAAGACGGUCAUCGAGCAGGGAGCUGGAUACAGGUACUGAGUGCGUGUGUGUGUGUGUGUGUGUGUGUGUGUGUGUGUGUGUGUGUGUGUGUGUGUGUGUGUGUGUGUGUGUGUGUGUGUGUAUGAAGGCAAAGGUAUGAAGGCAAAGGGAAAACUGUUCGUCCUUCCCUUCAUCUCCUGAAGUGUCAUAUUCAUGUAGUAAUUUUUAUUUCUCCCUUGUCUUCAGGUACUACGCUGCUGUCUUGACACUCAUCUCCUUCUCUCUGGCUCUCCAGAUAGUAGCUGGAGUCCUGAUCAUCAUCAUAGGUGAGCCAAUCAGCUAUCAUCUCAGCAUUCUUUAUCUUUGAGGCCGACCAUGACAGAAAUCCACCCUCCAUGUUUUAACCAAUCAUAUUAACACACUAACACACUGUGUGAUUUGAAAAUGAAGGCACUGCAUUUAGUCAACUUUGAACCUUUGGAGGUGUAAAACCUCAGAGAAGUCAGUAUUUUGUCUUAGCAACAUCAUGAAAACUAUAAAUAUCAAAAGCUAAUGUAAGCAAAGUCAUAUGAAUAUUAGAAAACUUCCUUUUUGUGUAGUUUGUUACUUGUCAUUGUAUUUGGCAUGUGUGUGUGUACACGUGUGUGCUUGUUGCAGCUCGACGAGACCUCAAUGAAGAGGCCAACCAGAAGCGGCUGGACAGCCUGAACAACUACGCGACUAUCCUCAUUUUCCUCAUCUUUGUCACCAACAUCUUCAUCUCCGUCUUUGGGAUGGAGCGCACCGGCCUCUUUGCUAGGAUGCAUUUCUGAUUUGAAGACGUAGGGGAUGCCUCGUAUAUGUGGAAUUUGGAAAAAGCAAACAAAUUUACACACACAAACAGAAGAGUGUGACUUAUAGCCCUACUCAAAGUACUAAUCAACUACAGUAUUACUUCCAAAAGAUGUCUUUAAAUGACUUGAAUCAGUGUGAAUGGGCUGAGCCAAAGCACCAACUAGACGUAUGUGUGUGUGUGUGUCUCUGUCUGUCUGUGUGUUCUCGUCUGCAUGUGUUUGUGUGUCUGUGUGUGUGUGUACCCAUGAACAGCUCGUUGCGAGCUGACUCUUCUACCCUCUUACCAGCGUUUGUUAAACUUCCUGAAUAAUUUGAUCACUGGUCUCUUCUUCCUCACCUUGAUCGUCAACAUCAUCAAAGCCGCCUUCGGCACACAACGCAGCUGCUUCCUGCGGUGGCUGUUACAGAGAUUUAUUCUAUGAAGCAGCUUGAGCAAGCAUAUCUUUCAGAUUAUUGGUACAUUUAUACUCUGUUACUAUUAUAAAUAUGCAUGUUUGAAGUGGAUACUGCAGUUCAAAUAGGACAGUUCAGGGAAAAGCUUCUUGCAUCUGAAAAUUGUAAUUCUCAUAAGUGCCACCAGAGGGAGUUAGAUUUGUGUACACAGUUGCAGCUUUAAUUUUUGACUUUCCACCAAUACUUAGAGGUGGGGUAGGUAGGAUCUGAGUGCCAGCUACUUUGGGGACAGUGUGAAGUUAGCAACAAGUCACAGAUUUCCAGUAUUAAUGUAAACCUACCUCCUGUAAAAUUUACCGUAAUUUGCACUAACAGCUUAAAACAGACAUUAGCAGGGAAGAGCCCGAAGAGCAUCACUCUCAAACUAAACCACUUAAACUAGGCUGCUUCCAGUUAAAUUAGAAGAUUGACGCCUCUCUCGUAUCAGGAAGUAAAGAUAAAUGUAUUGUUGAUGUCAGUAGACUAUUAGCCUAGCUUAGCACAAUAAAUUGCAGCAAGAGUCUACUUUUAGUCUGACUCAAUUCAAAGGUCAAAAAAUCGCCCAAUCAGCACUUUUUUGAUAGCUACCUGAGCUAAAAAAAAAUAAAACAUAAAAGGUUUUUUAAGAUCCAUACACUAAUAUAACUCUACUGACUGUAGUAUUCAGUUUCACAUGAGUGAAUUGCAAGUCAAUGUACAACUGCAGUUAGACACAAAUUCAUAAUUCAUAAUUUAGGCAUCUCUAUUCAUUCCAGUCUGUUAUAUAAAACUCUUUUCAGGAGCUUAAAUUUCACAGAGGAUUCAAUAGUGGAAAACUGUGAUUGACAGGUGUCAGAGCGUCACAUUACUUGCCCAGGCUCUACUGGCUGUAAAUGGGAUUGUUUAAAGCCCAUUUGAAUGUUAUGUAAAAAUUUAGUGUUAUCAUUAUCGUUAUGUAACAGUUAUUAUGGUCUACAAGAUUUUAUUAUCAUAUCCAAAUCCCAGCUGCAACAGAUGGUGGAUCCUUGUUGUUCCGGGGCAGUAAUGAAAUUUAUUUGUUGUGCUAGUUGAUUUUUAUCUCUUAUGUAUUGAAUACAAAUUAAACAGCUGUUUGUGUGUCAAAAUGUCACACAAGCCAGACAGAGGCUGGGGAGGGGGGGGGGGGGGGGUGCAUGAACUACUGUAUGUUUGUUUGUUUGUUUGUUUGUUUGGGGUGACUGUGAGUUUAUGUUCAUGUGCGAGGAUGUGCGCUUCAGCAGUAAAUGUGUGUCAGAGCGUGGAAAUGUUUGAAACUGUGUGUUUGUGUGUCUGUCUGUGUGCAUGUGUGUUUGUGUUGUAGCUCGCAGGGACCUGAACGUGGUGUCCAAUCAGAAACGACUUGACUACCUGAACAACCUGGCCACAGGCGUCAUCUUCUUCACCACGGUGAUCAACUUCUUCAUCAGCUUCUUUGGAUCCAAGAGGACCGGCUUCUUUCGCUGGCUGCUGGCUCGACUACACUUCUGACACACACACACAAACAAACAAAAAACACAACAUACUGUACAUUAUACAUAUACACCCAUCCAUACACACUUGAAAAUGUCAAAAUAUAAGAGAAAUUAAGCUAAAAUUAGUGUGCACAUGUACACAAACGUUUACCAAGCUGAGACAAACACUUCAAACAGGAUUUUUUUAAUGUAAAUAAGGCUUUGAAAAUGCUUUCAGAAUUUAAUCCAACUAAAAUAUUUUCACUUUAACCCCCUAAAAAUCCAUGUAAUGAUGCAUCCUUUCUCUUGCUGUUAUAAUGUACCCAAACCCAAAUAUUGUGUGUUCCAUGUUAUUGUAUUCCAACCUGUUUCACUCUUGUGUUUCAGCAGUUUUGUAUCGUUUAACUUUUAAGAAUCUUGUUCAAUAUGAUAUGUUGAAACCAGACACAACAGGGUUAAAUGAAUAAGAGGCAUCCUUCCAAUGUGUACGAGCAAAAUAAAUAUAUUAAUUCAAGAUAAACCUAUGAUACACUCAAUGUGAUUCUUUAUACGCGGCUUGAUUUAAUGCAAAAUCACAGGAUGGAUAUGAAGAGGAUUGCAAAUAAUAAACCUAAGUGUACACAAGUGUUUUCUUGCAUUUAAGUUUUCAAAGGUUGAGGCAAAGUGGCCUUAACCUUAAAAUUUGUCAAUUAACUAUAAUGGGAUCCAAUUGUCCUGCACUGUUCUCUAUCUGAGUGUCAAGUGCAGUUUGAACUCUCUCCUUUUGCACUGUGUGUAUAUGUGUGUCGUGUGUCUCACAGGCCGUCGAGAUCUGAAUAACCCCACCCUGCAGAGACGUCUGGACUACCUGAACAACGUGACGACCAUUAUAGUCUUCGUCACCACAGGCCUCAACUUCUUCAUCAGUACCUUCGGCAUGCAGCGCACUGGACACUUCCCAUGGCUCAUGAUGCGGAUUCACUGA